AUGGCCGACUUCGGUAUCGGGGUCCCAGAUGAAAUCGCGAGAUUGUCGCUGGGCCAGGAGGCCGACUUUCCGCCCCCGCCGCCUCCUCCGCCGCUGGUUGAUACCAAGUCCAGCGGCGUGAUUGCCGUUGAUAUCACCGCCAAGUUUUCAGAAGCCGUCAAGACCUUGGCGCCUGGCGAGCUCGUCAAGGAUGGCUUCUUUACACUGUUCGAGUCCGUUGCGGCUCUCGAGAUCAUGGAUCCCAAGAUGGACAGUGGCUGCGUCCAGUCGGAAGAAGACCUGGAGGAGCUCUAUGACGUCUCCCGGCCACUGCUCCCGGAGGAGGUGCUUGGUAUCAUGGACCAACUCUUAUGCCACGAGAUGGCCUGGCAUUUGGGAUACCCCCUCUCCCAGACCUUGUUCACCAGCGUGUACGUCGAGUCGCUUCUGAUGCCACGCCCCAAAGAUAUCGAGCAAGCAGAUUUUGUCCGGGAUGCGCCCGACGGUUCUAGCCAAAGCCCGAUGCUGACCAUCUUACGCGCAUAUUGCCUGGCGAUGCUGAAGGCAUGCAGAUAUGUAAAUGAUAGGAUAAUAUCGGAACACUUCUAUGAGGAGGAAGAUUUUGUCACAAACACAUACAGCCGUAAUCUUCUGACCGGCAUACCAACGGAUGCCAUCCGAGAAACCCUUCUUGAGGCACAAAACCUGGUGAGCUCGUUGAGCGAGACGCUGGGUGAUGAUAUGUCCAAGGCUCUUGCUCGCCGCCUCAAGCUCCGGUACUUCUUCUUGGAUGCCACCGAAUGCCUUGAGCACAUAAGAGAACCUGAACUCGCGAGGAAGCCAUGGGAAGAAGCCGUUGCUCUCCUCCCGGAUAUCAAGGCAUCGCAUGAGUUAGGUAAAGCGGUUGACGAAGCAUUCAGUGCCAAGUUGCAGAGGAAGCUUGCCAGCACCAUGCCCCCGAGGCCAAUAGUGCAGAUAGGCUUUGACGAUGCCUUUGGCCAUCUAUCAAGGCUCUUUAAAGAUGGCUCUGAGCUGAUCGGCGUACUCAAUUACACGGACUCUCAAUGCCUCCUGAACUUUGUUUGUAGCUUCCAGGCCAAGAAGCCUCAACCUCUCGUCUAUGUACGGACGCUUCUGCAGACCUUCCUCUUCAAUGAAAUGGAGUUCCUGGGGACGAUGAGUAUCCGUCAGAUUAUGGACGACGACUUCUCGAUCGUGGCCAUGCCCGCAAAUCCCAGGCUGGAUCGCGCCAACGAUGAGAUCGAGGUUGUCAAAGACCCGCGCUUCGUCAUGUCUCAGCAGAUGGAGCUCUUCAGGCAGAGGGCUGCACAGCCAUUCUUAGAUGUGCUGCGAACGUUCUGCCAGAACCGAUGUCGCGUGCGCCGCACUCUCUGCCACAUCAUCCGGGACUGGGAGAACCUCCAAGUUGACGCUGAAGAAAUCGAUCAGAUUAUUCAAGCUAGGACCAAAGAGCGCCCAAUGGUGCAGACAUCCCCGGUGGAUGGGAGCCCGAUCGAAUCCUACUCCCUUCCGCUUUCCUCCUGGACGUAUCUAUACAAACUACGGAUGAUGGAAUGGAUUGUCCAGCUGGGCUUUGAGCUCGAGGUUUACCAGGCCGACGAGUUUGCCGGCAUGUACUGGUACCUCAACUAUCUGGCCAAGUGGAGACUCCAACACACGGAGAGGAUCCAGCAAUUUAUCAAACAGAGGGUGGACGAGGCGCGCGAAUCGUCCCAGGUCCCGGAUAUUGCCGCUAUCCGCCAGCUGGAGCGAUCUGAAGCAUUCAUCCGGCUCUCGAUGCUGGAUGCGAUAGUGACAUGGGAGCUGUCGGAUGCGCUGUCUUGCCUCUACACUGUCCUCGCUCGGCUCGGUCUCGUCAAGGCUCCCCCCAGACCCUACAGCAACAACGAGCUACGGUACGAAUUGCGCAUGCGGCCGUUUGCGCCUAUCGGCCUCCCAGCCCUCCCCACAUUUGACGUGUUUACCGCCGGGACCGAGCAGCCCGAAGUUUCCACGCCCGAGAUCUUGGAGUAUGCGGACAAGGCUCUGGCGGGAGCCAAGAGGGGCUUUGAGAGGUUUGUUAGCAGGAACUUCACAGCCCAGGAUGCCUUCUCCGUUGGGUCGCAUGAGCGUUGGGUGACGUCCAUGAAGAAUGGGCUCAAAUCAUGCAUAGCGACAGGGAUUGCGAUAGCCGCCGUGCAGAAGGCGCUGGAGAAGUCGCUGAAGACCGGGGAGGUGAAAAUCAAGGCCGAGGUGCCGACACCGGAUAAGUCUUAUCACGACUGGUGGGUCGUUCCGAGGAUCACACCCAUCCAGUAG